CACCUGUUCGCCUCUUCCGAUCAACUGCACACCUUUUUCGUGGAAAUGAGCAAUUCUUGGAUGGCCGCAGAGCCCUUGGGCAGCGUCAUGCCCAGAUACGAGCAGCACCAAGGCCCAGGCCUCAGCUUCGAUGAUUGGAUCAACUCCGACUGCCUGGACUACCCCACAAACACCGUCGAGCUCCCUGCGCCCGCAACAUCAUCAAACCUGAACACGCCACCCAUCUACGCUCGCAAUCAUGCCAUAUCACCAGACUUUCGUUCCAUCUCCACCAGUCGCGCGUCGUCAAAAGACCGUCUGGCCCCGUUGAACAUCUCCCACUCCAACACCUGGCCAUCUCCUCUCGCAGCACCCUACUCCGCAGCCUCGACGCUGCCUGAGAUGACCAGCAACGCAACCGACUUCUCCUUCGACCCCAUCGCCGACAGCUACGCAAACAACACCUUCGACUUCACCACUCCUCCUCCAGAGCUCGCCUCGCCCACCUCUUCGCUGUCCGGCUCCGACUCUCCCUUCUCCAUCCCAGCCACCAUGACCUCCAUCGACACCUCCUCUGAGCGUCGCUCUCUCAAGCGCGCCUCGCCUGAGUCUCCCAGCAUGGACGAGAUCCCGCCUGCGCCCAAGCGCAUGCUGCGCACCCGCACCAACACCCUCUCCAAGGUCGACGUCGAGGCCGCCGCACCGCGCCCCACGACCAAGACUCGCCAGCCGCACAACCAGGUCGAGAAGAAGUACCGCGAGGGCUUGAACACUGAGCUUGAGCGUCUGCGCCGGGCCGUGCGCACCCUGCCUCAGCCUCAACCCCGCCGUCGCUCCAGCACCAGCUCCGAUGACGAAUACGGCUACUCUGCUGCUGCACCCAAGCCUAGCAAGGCUGCCGUCCUGGCCGGCGCUGUCGAGUACAUCCGCUACCUCGAGGCUGAGCACGAGCGCCUCAUCAGCGAGAACGAGCAGCUGCGCGAGCUCGAGGGCCUUAGGCGAAGGCGCGAGCAGGGCAUGUACUGGGGCAGGGGCCGCAUCGACUCGAUGGGCAUGGUCAACUAAAUGAUCCGAAACCACCAUCGACAACACUAAACACACCAACACACACCAACACACCAACCUCUCAAAAAAA